AGAGAGGGAGAUACAUCUUCUGGAGCCACGGUCACAUGAGGAAGACAAGAGUUCAUCAAGUGGUGUUUCUAAUUUUCCUUUAUCAGGCGGCCUAGGCGAGUCAUCUUCAUGAGAUGUGCAGGCGUUCAAUGAAGACGAAUACCUGGAGCGACCACCAAGGAAGAGUCGCUCGAAGACUCUUUCAAACUUGAAGAAGAGGGUUUGUGAAUUAGAGAAGGAUAUGUCUGUAAUGAAGCGGCGAAAGCUCUCGAAGAGGUUUUGGUCAGAUAUUGGUAAAGUAUCGUUGCAGAUUUUUGAAUUGGAAUCCGAGAGCCAGGAGUUGUCUCAUAAGGAUGGCUGGGGUGUUUCUAAUUUGCCGUCAUCAGAGGGGGAUAUGCCUGAGUUUGAUGAAAUCCGAUCUGCCCCGACCCAGGCUGCUGGUGAUGUGGAGGUAUGUGAUGAGAAGGAGAAGAGUGAAUCCCCCAGGGCGAUGCUGGCAUCUGAGGUUUCUGAUGAUGAAACCCGAUCCUCCACGACCCAGGAUGCUUGUGAUAUGUAGAUAGGUGCUGAGGAGAAGGAGAAGAGUGAAUCCCCAUCUGACCUGGAGAGCUUGAGCAGUUGUGGCUCUGAGUUCGAGUAUACUCUAACUGAGGAGGAGGAGGGGACUCCUGUUAGGGAGAAUGAAUUUGAAGGCUAUGCACGUGCAAAAAAGGUACAUCACUGUUUGGAGCAUAUAUACGCAGGUAUGAAGAGAUUUGCUAAUCACAGUACCAAAGGUCGUGCCUUAUUCCACGCUCUGAUUUCUGCAGCCGCCAUAGUUGGCCUACUUUUUGAUAAGGAGGAUUACUACUGUUUUGGUAUGUCUGCUGAGAUGACUGAGCAAUUGAAUGACUUGUGGAAUGAAAUACUUGAUAAGACAAAAGAGGUUUUUGAUAAGACAAAAGGGAUUAGUACCUGAUCCUUU